AUGGCCCAAGUUCGGGACUCGCCCUCCGGCUCUUUGGUCCGCUGGAGCUCGGGAGGUGGGGGAGGAGCCUCUCCCGAGGAGGCGGCUGAAAAGGCGGGGAAAAUGGAGAAGGAGGCGGUGGGGGCGACAAAGGCGUGUUCAGGUCAGGGAGCUGAGGAGAUGAAGCUGGAGCCGUUACAAGAGCGAAAGCCUGCUCCUGAGAACUUGACGUGGAGUGACAGCGGCGACGAUAAGAAGGUGCUCCCUUCAACCCCCCCUCGCUGUUACAGCAGCUCCUCGCCCCUUUGCCCGCGCCGCAAGCCCCGCCCUCGGCCCCAGCCCCGGGCCCGCUCCCGAGGCCCGCCUGGCCUCUUGGUCCCACCCCAGCCUCCAUCCCAUCCUCCCCCUCCGCCUCUGACCAGACCACAGCCCUGGCGCCAACCACGGCGUAGAUCCAGGCCGGGGUCUAGGCCCCAGAUGCUGCAAAGCUGUUUUAGUGACCUAGAUGGCUCUGGGGAUCGAGGUGGUUUAGGGGACUGGUUGCUGGAGGUGGAGUUUGAUCAGGGUCCUACAGGCUGCUCUCAUGUGGAGAGCUUUAAAGUGGCUAAGAACUGGCGGAAGAACCUGAGGUUGAUUUACCAGCGUUUCAUAUGGAGUGGGACCCCAGAAACUAGGAAACAUAAGGCAAAGUCGUGCAUCUGUCAUGUAUGUAGUACCCAUAUGAACAGACUCCACUCUUGUCUCUCCUGUGUCUUUUUUGGCUGCUUUACUGAGAAACAUAUUCACAAACAUGCAGAAACAAAACAGCACAAUUUAGCUGUAGACCUCUAUCAUGGGGUUAUAUAUUGCUUUAUGUGUAAGGAUUAUGUAUAUGACAAAGACAUGGAACGAAUUGCCAAAGAAACAAAAGAGAAAAAUUUGAAAUUACUAACUUCCACCUCAACAGAUGUUUCUCAACAGCAGUGUAUGGCAUCAGGUGUUGAAGAGAAGCAUUCAACCUGUGAGUCAAAGGAACAGGAGCCAAAAUUGGUGAAACCCAAGAAAAAGAGAAGAAAAAAGUCAGUCUAUACCAUAGGCCUGAGAGGGCUUAUCAAUCUUGGGAACACAUGCUUUAUGAAUUGUAUUGUCCAGGCACUUACCCAUAUUCCUCUACUGAAAGAUUUCUUUCUCUCUGACAAGCAUAAAUGUAUAAUGACAAGCCCCAGCUUGUGUCUUGUCUGUGAAAUGUCUUCUCUUUUUCAUGCUAUGUACUCUGGGAGCCGAACUCCUCACAUUCCCUAUAAGUUAUUGCAUCUAAUAUGGAUUCAUGCAGAACACUUAGCAGGGUACCGGCAGCAGGAUGCCCAUGAGUUCCUCAUUGCAAUAUUAGAUGUGCUGCAUAGACACAGCAAAGAUGAUAGUGUUGGGCAGGAGGCCAGUAACCCCAACUGCUGUAACUGCAUCAUAGACCAAAUCUUUACAGGUGGCUUGCAGUCAGAUGUCACAUGUCAAGCUUGCCAUAGUGUCUCUACCACAAUAGACCCAUGCUGGGACAUCAGUUUGGACUUGCCUGGCUCUUGUGCCACAUUCGGUUCCCAGAGUCCAGAGAGAGCUGACAGCACAGUGAGUAGGGAUGACCACAUACCAGGAAUUCCCUCACUCACAGACUGCCUACAGUGGUUUACAAGACCAGAGUACCUAGGAAGCAGUUCCAAAAUCAAAUGUAGUAGUUGCCAAAGCUAUCAGGAAUCUACCAAACAACUCACAAUGAAGAAAUUACCUAUUGUGGCCUGUUUUCAUCUCAAGCGAUUUGAACAUGUAGGUAAACAGAGGCGAAAGAUUAAUACUUUUAUCUCCUUUCCCUUGGAGCUGGACAUGACUCCAUUUUUGGCCUCCACUAAGGAGAGCAGAAUGAAAGAAGUCCAGCCACCAACAGACUGUACAUCCAACGAGAAUAAGUAUUCCUUGUUUGCAGUGAUUAAUCACCAUGGAACUUUGGAAAGUGGACACUACACCAGCUUUAUCCGACAACAAAAAGACCAAUGGUUUAGCUGUGAUGAUGCCAUCAUCACCAAGGCUACCAUUGAGGACUUACUCUACAGUGAAGGGUAUUUACUGUUCUAUCACAAGCAGGGUCUAGAGAAAGAUUAG